CGAGUUGGCACGGCCGCGAUAGCGAGCGCAAGCUGUCGCUCCUACGUAAGCGUGACGUCACCCGCCUGGCCUACUUAAACUCGUCACUAUAGGCAAUAAACGUUGUUCGACCCAUGACAUCGUCUCGUACACAUGGUGGCAGCGGAAAACAGCCAGCAUGACGACACCGCCUGCAUUGCCGACAACGCUCCUGCCGCCUCCGAAGCCCCUCGACACAUCGCGAGACGCUUGGCUUGGGUGGAAGACCUGGAAAAGUGAGUUUGAACUGUUUUCCACGGCAACUCAGCUGAACAAGCAACCAAAAGAAGUGCAGGCGGCGACGCUUUUAGUGACCAUUGGGGAAGAGGCUAGAAAAGUGUUCGCUUCGUUCAAGUUUGAGCCAGGAGAGGACACAACCGAUGUAACCCUUAUAAUUAAAAAAUUUGAAGACUUCUACCAGCCCGCGAAGAACCUCACUUACCACGAGUUUUGCUUCGGCUCCCGAGACCAAAAAGAGGACGAAAGCUUCAAUGACUGGCUUGUCGAAUUGCGAACGCUAGCCCAACACUGCGAUUUGGAGACUUAGAAGAGCGCAUGCUUCGUAGCCGCAUCAUACUCGGUAUCCGGGACAAGGGACUGCAAAAGAAGUUAAUUUCUGAAAACCCCUCUUACCAAAGAGUAGUCGAAAUCUGUCGCAUCCGAGAGCAAGGCGAGGAGCAGUUUCGACAGAUACGUGGCACCACUGAAGGCGCUGAAACUGCAGCCGUAAAUGCGUUGGCCAGAGUAACAAAGCCAUGCAACAAAUGUGGCUACAAAGUUCACCGCGGCAGCCGCUGCCCAGCAACAGGAAAAGCGUGCAAGAAAUGCGGAGGAUUGAAUCAUUUCGCCCAAGCAUGCUCACAGUCAUCCUUCUUGCACAGCGAAGAUGCAAAGCGCAGGGAAAUAGGAGAGCUACAUGUUGACGAAAGGUCAGAUUUUUUUCUGGACGCUUUAACUGUGAACGCACUCGCUAGCGACCAGUGGACCGCGACAGUUUCCAUUGAAGGCCGUCCGAUGGUCUGCAAACUUGAUACUGGGGCAAACUGUUGUGUGAUUUCAAAGGAAGAUGUUUUGUCGCUUCCGAGAAAGACUCGUGAAGCCUGCCGAGCCACGUUAACGAGUUUUUUCGGCCACAAAACGACUGCGCAGUUUAAAGUAAAGUUGUCGCUAUCCGUGAACGAUAAACAGCACGAUGAAACCUUCUUCGUCAUUGAGCAAAACGUGCCGGUGACCCUCAGCGGAGCAGCAGCAGAAAGCCUUGGCUUGAUUUAUCGCGUUGAUAGCGUCGAGACGCAGCAACUCUACCCGGCGGCUCAGCCCUUCACCGAUGUUUUCACAGGAUUGGGACAGCUGAAAAAUUUUGAGUACGAAAUGAAGCUCAAACCAGGCGCCGUCGGUGUUGUUGUGCCAGCCAGAAGGGUUCCGGUCGCCAUUGAAGAAAAAGUAAAGGCCGAACUUCAACGCAUGGAGGAGCACAACGUCAUAACCAAGGAGCAAGUUCGCUACUUGGGACACGUUUUCACCACGCAAGGACUGAGCCUGGGACCCGAUCGCGUCCAAGCCAUUUUGGACAUGCCAGCGCCAAGUAACACUUCUGAGCGUCGCCUCGAGGAACUACGUGUGGCAACCGCCAAGGAUCCUGCUCUGUCGACCAUCCGAUCCUAUGCCGAGACUGACUGGCCGGAAAACAAAGAGGACGUCCCAGCAUGUGCCAGGCCAUUUUGGGCGUAUCGAGAAGAGAUGCAUACACAAGAUGGCCUCGUCUUUCGCAGCAACAAGGUAACCGUACCAAGCGCUAAGAGAGCUGAAAUCCUUCGGCUUCUUCAUCUGGCCCACUCGGGGGCGGAAAAGAUGAAAAUUCGGGCUAGGAGUGUCAUGUUUUGGCCAUCCAUGUCGAGUGACAUUGAACAGGUUGCAGCAUCAUGCAAAGUUUGCCAGGCUCACCAGAAGCAAAACACUAAGAUGCCUCUACUGUCGCAUGAUGUCCCCAGUCUGCCAUGGGAAAUGGUUGGCAUGGACUUAUUCCAUCACGGUGGUAAAGAGUUUGCCUUAAUUGUAGACUUCUACUCCUUUUAUUUUGAAAUAAAGGAGUUUAGAUACACAACAGCCCGGCACUUGAAGGAGUGGUGCGCGAAAGUUUUCUCUGUCCACGGCUUACCAGUGAAGCUCUGCAGUGACAACGGGCCCCCUUUUAGUAGCCAAGAGUUCCGUGAAUUUCUGCAUGAACUAGGAGUCACCCACGUGACGUCAAGCCCUUAUCACCCUCGCGCAAAUGGCAUGGCCGAAAGGGCAGUUCAAGAAGCGAAAACGCUGCUGAAGAAGUGUUCGUAUAACAGCCCAGACUUCCAUUUAGCUCUGCUUGAGUUGCGCAAUACUCCACGUGAUGCUAUUCUGAUGUCACCUGUGCAGAGGCUGAUGUGUCGACAGACGAGAACACUGCUCCCGGUUCCCUCCUGCCACCUGAAGCCGGCACCAUUGCCCAGCAGGAAGGUGCACUCCCGUCUCCAGGAGAUUCGCCACAAGCAGAAGGUCUACUACAAUCGAGGUGCUCGGGACCUGCGCGCCCUCUCACCGGGUCAGAGGGCCUCGUUGUACGACACGCACACACGGACGUGGUCCCCGGUCGUUGUGCUGGGAUCAGCGGGAGCUCCACGCUCCGUACUGGUAAAAACAGAAGAUGGCCGAGAAAUGCGACGCACACGGGAACAUCUCCGGGAGGUUCCAGAGCUACCAUGCCCCAACACUACCACAACUCCUUCCUCAGGCUUGCCAGGCUCGGGACCCGUUCCAGAGCCGCCACUACCACGGAGAAGCACUCGGGAACGUCGCGAGCCUCGUCGGUACCCCAUGCCAGAGCGACCUAUAUUGCCCCAAGGAAAGGAAGAUGUAACCGAGUUGGCACGGCCGCGAUAGCGAGCGCAAGCUGUCGCUCCUACGUAAGCGUGACGUCACCCGCCUGGCCUACUUAAACUCGUCACUAUAGGCAAUAAA